AUGGAUCUGGAUGACUCCAUCCCUGCUACACAGCCUGCUUUUGCAGACUAUAAGUCUGAUUCUGACACCAGUCACAAGCUAGAGGUCUUGGACUGCAGUUCCACUCAUGAUAUAGAGGUCUUGGACUGCAAUUCCAACCUUGAGCCUCCACCACUUGCCCAAAAGCCCAUGUCUCACUCCAUCUUCCCACUGGACUUUUACUUGUUGGCUGCAAGUCAGAAGCAGAAAAUGUCGCCUCUUCUGGGUGACGACGAUGAUGUGCUGAUGCUGUCAUCUGAAGAUGAAAGUGUGGAGUGCACCAACACAAGUAUGGUCGCAGUCAAGACUGAACCUGUUGAACCAGUGUCCAUGUGCUGGUUGACAUCUUCAACCACUGUUGCUGCCAUGCUCAAAGCUCCUCCCACAAACCAGCUGAAGACUGAGACUUCUGCUACCACUGGAACAGUUGCCCCUGCCUCCAAAGCCAUCAUAUGCUCUGCAUACAGGAAGAAACAUCUCCCCAAGGGUUGCCAGAUGGAAAACAAGUAG